AUGGCCCCCAAAUCCGAUUGGGUGAUGAUCCAGCAGCCUUCUGCAGAUGCAGAGGGUUGGGAUGCCAUUGUGCUGAACAGCCAGCAGGCAUGCCGUGCGCUCGUGGAGGACUGGCAGAGGAGUCGCAGUAUCCGGGCCAAUAUCAAGCCGGGCACGUCUGCGCCAGGUUGCAGCCAGGUUCUCUACAGUUACUGCACCGCGGAGACCAAGUGUACUUUCUCGUGGCGGCAUGAGUUCUCCAGCGAGGGCCAUGCUGUGCAUACGCGCGGCAAGCAUGGCGACAAGGCGAAGGCCAAGUAUGGGCAGACGUGCCAGCAGGCGGCCAGGGCCAAGGCCAGUGCAGAUGUCCCACCACUCCGUGCGAUGACGAAUUUGAUUCGCGACGGAGUUCCAAAGGAAGAGUGGCCAACCAUGGGGGCGCUGCGUAGUGCCAGGAAGCAGCAUUUGCAAGCUGACAAGGGCACUGGCUCCUGUGCAGACUACCGGCUUGGCCAAUGGAAGACGUUCAUUCGAUCUGCUGCGUUCGUGCCCUUCGAUCUGAACUCUUCUGAGGCUGCUGCUUGGAAGUGGAGCGCUUGGGAGGCAGACUCCGACCGGGGCCACUGUGUCUUCAGUUGUCCUGCGCUUCUUCGUCGAGCCGCGGAGUUUGCUGUCUUGGCCGCCGAGGGUGAAGGUGAAGGUGUGUAUGCCACCAUGGACUCCACGUACAAGCUGUUUGGUCCGGACUGGGCGCUCCAUUGCUUGGCGUUUGCUGCGUUGCACUGGGAUGGGCGGACCAAGGAGCAACCGCGCACGACUUUGUUACCAGUCUUCUUUGCCGUCAUCCCCACAGAGAAAUCGACCAACGUGAAACCUGUUCUGGAGACCAUGGCGAAAGUAGCCGAAGCCGAGCUCAGCCUUGACCUGGGCACCUUGCUACACCAACUUCACGCAGAUGGAGCUCCGGGGAGCAUGGACGCUGCCAAACAGGUGUGGCCACGGCUCCAGCUGAUGCGCGACGUCCGGCAUGUCAUGAAGAACGUGCUCGACUGUGGAUGUGGCAGUGUGGAUUUGCGCAAGUGGCUUCAAAGCCAGAUCUGGUUCACUGCGUCCGCCCUGAUGUGGAACCCGCCGCUGGCGUCUCUGUUCCUCGAUGCUGUUAUGGCACGGUUGGUGGAGCAGGGGGAGUUGGACUUGCCGCAGUAUAUGCAGACUUCUCUCUUGCGCGAAGCACGGGGUCGUGGCAUGUGGGAGGCCGAUUGGCUUAGCGUCUCCUCUCUGAGCAACAGGGAUUACUUGCAAUCGCAGACUAAGAUGGCGCGGCGUGGCUUUACCACCUGCUCCGUGUCGCAGUGCAUGGAAAGCUUCUGGGCUGAUGUGAAGAAGGGGGCGCCGGACACAAGAGUGCUGCCAAUGGACAAAGCGCUCCAGGCCGUGUUGGCAUCAAUUCAAGCGUGUUGUGCCUGCUCUACUGCAAGAUCGCAGCCUAUCUCGGUGCAGUUCGACGACAUCCUCCAGCGCCUCGUCUCCGGGGAUGUCAUCUGGUGUGAGCGCAUGCUGCUGCGGACCGAGGAAGGCUCGCAGCAGAUUCGCUUGCCUUCGGUUGGCACGUACCUGCUCUACGCGCCCGGGAACUUCGCGUGUCUGCGGUGCGACAUUGCUGAGCUCAACGACGUAGCACGCAUCUAUGUCGUGCCCUUGUCCCAGGCGGCGAUGGAAAUUCCGCUGGACGUGGCUCAGUGUCUCUGCGAUAUCCUCAAGUGCGCCGAUGACACCUGCGUCUCCACCGUCUCCUGGCUUCUAGUGCAGCAUGCAUACUCUGCAGUCAAGGAAAAGCUGUCGCAGUCGCAGUGCGAUGGUCUGUGGCAUAAGGAAGCGGGCCGACUCAGCAUCACUGGUCUUCGGGAGAUCCUGCUCAGCUUCGCCGUGGUCUGCGUAUUGCGUCCAGAGCAGAACCCGCCCAGUUUGAGUAGUGUUCGGUGCUCUUGUUUCUAUGACCAGACGCGCGGACAGUGCGUGCACUGCGCACUUGCUCUCUACUUGGAGGGACACCCGUCGGAUGCUUUCAAACCAUUGGUCGAGCAGACGCGCAGAGGCGUCACUCAGCAGGCCAACUUGCUUUCUGCGCGUAGGUCGCAGCAGUCCCGUGCCAAGCCGCCUGCAGCAGCUGCUUGGGUCACGCUAGCAUCUCUGGCCCAUGAGGCCAGUGCUCGCUACAGGAAGCGACAGCAAAACGCCGAGAAGAAGCGUAAGGCUCAGGAGGCCUUGGGAAGCACGCCCACCAAGAAGUCGGAGCCUCCGCCGGAGCCCACUCGGGCUGACGUCUUGGGGCAGAUGAAUGCAGAGCUCGCCCAG